AAGAAGAACGAGGAUGGCAAGCAGGAGAAGAGGGACGAGGAUGGCAAGCAGGAGAAGAGGGCCGAGGAUGGCAAGCAGGAGGAGAUGGACGGGGAAGGUAAGCAGGAGAAGAGGGACGAGGAUGGGAAGAGGGACGAGGAUGGCAAGCAGGAGAAGAGGGACGAGGAUGGCAAGCAGGAGAAGAGGGACGAGGAUGGCAAGCAGGAGAAGAGGGACGAGGAUGGCAAGCAGGAGAAGAGGGACGAGGAUGGCAAGCAGGAGAAGAGGGACGAGGAUGGCAAGCAGGAGAAGAGGGACGAGGAUGGCAAGCAGGAGAAGAGGGACGAGGAUGGCAAGCAGGAGAAGAGGGACGAGGAUGGCAAGCAGGAGAAGAGGGACGAGGAUGGCAAGCAGGAGAAGAGGGACGAGGAUGGCAAGCAGGAGAAGAGGGACGAGGAUGGCAAGCAGGAGAAGAGGGACGAGGAUGGCAAGCAGGAGAAGAGGGACGAGGAUGGCAAGCAGGAGAAGAGGGACGAGGAUGGCAAGCAGGAGAAGAGGGACGAGGAUGGCAAGCAGGAGAAGAGGGACGAGGAUGGCAAGCAGGAGAAGAGGGACGAGGAUGGCAAGCAGGAGAAGAGGGACGAGGAUGGCAAGCAGGAGAAGAGGGACGAGGAUGGCAAGCAGGAGAAGAGGGACGAGGAUGGCAAGCAGGAGAAGAGGGACGAGGAUGGCAAGCAGGAGAAGNCUAGGACUGGCCUGUAG